AUCCCCGAGCUAAGAAUAGUCAGCAAAACAAGCUGAACACUGCAAUGGGGUGAUUUUCCUGUCCUUUGAGCAAACACAGCCCCUGAGAGGGCUGGGCAGGGGGGCUGAGUGCCCUGGACAUGGCUCCUGACAGAGUUAUCGGUGUGACAGGAGGCUGUGUCCAAUCUCCUGCCUCCUGUUUGGGGCAAGCUGUGAUCCUGGGACAGGAGGGGGGCAGGCACCUUAUCUCUGCUGAGAUAACGCUGUCACAACCUGGCUGGGGACAACUGGAAGCUCCAAGUGCUUUGUAGAGAGGCAGCAUCUCUGUGUCCCUGUCCUGGUGCUGAGGGACAGGCUGUGCUGGCCCUUAUCUCACUUCUAACCCUCAUUUUUUCCAAUCUGCCUCGAACUCUGCCAGAGAACCAGGGAUGUCAGACACAGAGGAGGUCACCGAGGAGUAUGAGCAGGAGCAGGAAGGUAAGAGGACAUGGAGCACCUGCAGCUGCCCUGAAGCCAAAAGCUGAUCAGAGAAACUCCAAUAACCUGAGGCUUCUUUCCUUUCUCUCUGUCUAUGCCGUUUGCUCUGUGAAGAGGAGUGCGUGGAGGAAGAAGAGGAAGAAUGGAUAGAGGAAGAUGACGGUCAGGAGGAGCAGGUAGAGGAGAACGAGGAGGAGACCACAGAAACCAAGGCAGAAGAACAAGAAGAUGAAACUAAAGAAGCAGGAGAAGGUGAAUUGAAGCCAAAACCCAAGGUCUUCAUGCCCAACCUGGUGCCUCCCAAGAUCCCAGAUGGCGAGAGACUGGAUUUUGACGACAUUCACCGCAAGCGCAUGGAGAAGGACCUGAACGAGCUGCAGGCCCUCAUCGAGGCCCACUUUGAGAGCAGGAAGAAAGAGGAAGAGGAGCUCCUGUCCCUCAAGGACAGGAUUGAGCAGCGGCGAGCGGAACGGGCAGAGCAGCAGCGGAUCCGCAGCGAGAGGGAGAAGGAACGCCAGGCCCGCAUGGCCGAAGAAAGAGCUCGCAAGGAGGAGGAGGAGGCGCGGAAGAGGGCAGAGGAGGAGGCACGGAAGAAGAAGGCAUUCUCCAACAUGCUCCACUUUGGGGGUUACAUGCAGAAGUCAGAGAAAAAGGGUGGGAAGAAGCAAACGGAGAGGGAAAAGAAGAAGAAGAUCCUCAGUGAGCGGCGGAAGCCCCUGAACAUCGACCACCUCAGUGAGGACAAGCUGAGGGACAAGGCCAAGGAGCUGUGGCAGAACAUCCAUGACCUGGAGGCUGAGAAAUUUGACCUGCAGGAAAAGUUCAAGCGGCAGAAAUAUGAGAUCAAUGUCCUUCGAAACCGCAUCAGUGACCACCAGAAAGUAUCCAAGGGUGCCCGUGGGAAGACCAUGGUGGGCAGCCGACGGAAAUAGAGGCUCAGGGGGAGAGGAGGCUGAGCCCCAGGAGCUGCAGUGGCUGCAGGAAUGGAGGUUCCGAGGAGCAGAGGCCUCACGAGGUUCCCAUCUCCACCCCCCAAGUUGUAUUGUGUCUGUAAAUAAAGAGGUGGUGAGGAGGUGCAGGUGUGGUCUCCAUCCUGAGGCUCUGAUCCCAGUGGACACAGCACAGGCUCAGCACAGCUCCAGGAGUUGCCCACCUGCUCCCUGGGCUGUGAGAGGUCG